GGAGGCAGCGGACAAGCGCGUUGCGGAGAGCUACGGCUGCAAGGAGGGAACGUGCCGAGCAGCAGUGGAGGACGGUGUUGAUGACGAUGCCCCCGCUACAGGGCCGGUUGGGUUUUUGUCCAAGCAGUCGGGUGACGGCAAACAGUGGGAGGACGCGUACGGCUGUGUGGACGCAGCGGUUCACGGGACAGUGGAGACGACUGCCAACGGACUCAAGUUCGGCGGGAGUGACUCAUGGGCGGAGUGGCCCGUGGGCGCGCAGGGGCAGAACCAGCGGUACCACUUUGCAAACACCGCGUUUACGCUUGUGGCGAAGGUGACCAUCCACGCUGUGCCAGGGGAAGGCGGCAGCCCCGCUCCUUUGCUGGGCGCGAAGUUGGAUGGCGGGGGCGACACUGUGCUCCUGGGUCUCUCGUGCACGAAGGACAAGAAGUGGGAAGUGACGUUCAACAACAAGCGCCUGGAGCUGUCGGAGGAGGAUGCAGAGUGGGAGGAGGAGAAAACGUACCGCGUGGCACUGGGGAUGGAUGACGGUGAGGAGUUGGUUGUGUACGUCGGUGGCUCGCGUGUGUACGACAGCGAAGAUGAUGAGGAGGAAAACAGCGUUUCUGCGCAGUUGCAGGAGCUGUUGGAGUCGCGCAGCAUCUCGCACUUCUACUUCGGCGGGGGCGCUGCGGGCGGCGUUGAGGUGACAGUGGCCGACGUCCUGCUGUACAGCCGCAUGCUGAGUGAGGCCGAGCUCGCGGCACUGACGACGAACCCCGCCGCUGCCGCUGCUGCUGUGCGAGAGGAGAACGUGGAAUUGCCGAGCCCGGGAGCUGCGCCACCAAGCAGCGACGUGAAGGUCGCUCCUGCGACACCCGCCGGGGACACCCACCUCAGCCCGUCGGAGGAACAACACCAACAGGAAGAAGGAGAGGAUGAAGAAGAAGUGGCUACUCAGUUGACGCAGGAAGCAGGCAGAGAGGCAGGCGAGGUGUCAACACCUUCUAGCAUCACGCCCAACUCCGACGCAGAGGAAGCAGAAGAGGCGGAGGAUGAAAAAGAAAAGAAGGAGGUGGAGGAAGAAGUGACAGAAGGCAAUGGCGGUGCAUUGGCGCCCCCACCGUUGACAGCACCGGAUGCGGCCAGGACUCAUCGCACAGACGCAGCUGAGCAGGCCGUCGCUGCGGAAACUUCUGAGCAGCAACGAGGCCCUGCGCCUCCCGCAGACGCUGCAGCCACGGCGGACCCGGUGGGUGACGCGUCUGUGCAGAGUGGGCCCAUUGAUGACAGCCAGGCGCAGCAGACCGUUCCGUCGCAUGCGCCAGAGAGCGUUGGCGGCGUGCCGUCUGCUUCCGCCGCGCCCACCGGCGAGACGCCAAACGCUGCCGUCAAAGAAAAUGGCGCAGACCCCCAAACUGCGGCGGACGCGGACGGCGGCCACGAGGCACCCAGCAACGCCGCCACGGCACCCACGGCUCAGGCGCCUGGGCAGCCAGGCACUCCGCCCACACGCGACGCUGCACCGCACUUAAGCAACAGCUCUACCACCUUCAACAACGCCACAGGGCCGUACCCGAUGAACACAGAGAGCGACGGCGCUGUGCGUGGGUGCGUAUCUUGGCUAUUGCUGCUUGCCCUGCUGGGGCUGUGGGGCACGAAGGCUCUCUGCUGA